AUGGCACACUCAUUGUUCGUGGUAAGAAAGUUUUAUCAUGGGACGUUAGGGGCGUUGAAUUUGUCGUACACCCAUCUGGUCCAUCUUGUCAAUUCGCGUGAGAUCCUAUCACCUCGCCUGCCUAUCCUUCGACUCCGUUCUGCAUCAGAAAACCAUCACUAUCAUCAACUGCUCUCUCCAACGUCAGCAGCUGAUGACUCGGAACUUGAUGCUUUUUAUGAAAAAUUGGAGAAAGUCAUCCGCAAAGAAAACUUUGUCGUUGGUGACUUCAAUGCGAAAAUCGGGAUGCCAGAAGAAGGAAAGCACAGGAUCGGGAGAUCGGAUGAGGACUCCGGAGUGUGA